AACAGUCGGCGUUUGCAUGCGCGUGCGCCGGGCGAACCAUUUGAUCGCAUCAUUUGAACCAAUCGAACGUCGGACGGGCGAUCUUAAGUGUAGCAACACGGAUUCACAGUGAGUUUGUGACACAAAUGAUACAAUAUCAUGUGCUACGAAGUAUUUCACGUUCGAUAUGGACGCGCUAAUUUCGCGGACACGAAAGUCCUUUGCUUCCGAAUGCGACCGCGAAUUUGUUACUUAGAAUGAUGUGGACGGGUACUCUGUGAUAAUCAAGUGCUACGAACGGACUCUGAUAUCAUUGUAUAAGUAAUUAUUGUUAAUAAAACUAGUCAAAAUGAUGUCCAAGAAGCAACUCGCUUGCAUGCUGGCUUUGCACAUAGUGUAUCUAUUAGUUGGUGCAAGUAUAUUUUAUCACAUCGAGAGUCCAGUGGAGGUGGCUCAAAGAGCCGAAGAAAAACUUGAACGACUUGAAAUCCAAAAUUUACUCUACGAGAACUACAUUCCAAAUGACCCUCAGAAGCAGGACGGUAUCCUCCGCAAGUUAUCAGACUACUGCGGCAAAUCCAUGUACAACUACACCACUGAGGAUGAAGAGCCUCCUUACAAAUGGGACUUCUAUCACUCUUUCUUCUUCUCGUACACCGUCGUGAGCACUAUAGGAUAUGGCAAUUUAGCUCCAACAACACAUCUUGGAAGGAUAUUAAUGAUAUUUUAUGGUCUAUUCGGCAUUCCCAUCAAUGGUAUUCUGCUCGCCAAUCUUGGUGAAUACUUUGGAAUGCAGCUCAUUUCUGUGUAUCGUAAAUACAAGAAACGAAAUGAGAAACGAGCCGAUAAACUGGACUACUUCUAUAACAACCUCGGAAUGCUGGGUCAGAUCUUUCUGUAUCUAGUACCAGGCUUCCUGUUCUUCAUCUUCCUACCGGCCUGUAUUUUCGUCGUGUUUGAGGGUUGGGAUUUUGUUGCAGGAGUAUAUUAUGCAUUUGUUACACUUACUACCAUUGGAUUUGGUGACUUGGUUGCAGGAACUAUCAACAACGGUUUUAAAUACGGCUUUUUUCUUACGUACCAGAUAUUCUUGAUUGUAUGGAUUACAUUUGGUCUUGGAUAUAUUGUGAUGUUACUAGGAUUUAUCACCAGUGGAAUGAGGUCCGAAAAAGUACAUAGACUAGAACAAAAGUUUGCUUACCAGCUAAAAUCGACGCAAAGUAAAAUACUACAGGGAUUUACCCGAGACGUAGCGGUUAUAAGGAAAAUAAUAAAUGAAGCCAAUCUAAUAAAAUUGAAGCCAGUAUACGUCGAAUCCAAACCACACAUUCAUCGAAGUGUUAGUUGUCCAACCUUCACAUAUGAUGUUGAGCCCAGAGGACCUAUAUACAAACGAAAAAGAGCUAAUUCGGAAAAUAUCCAACUUUCUGCGAAGGAUAUGCUACGAAUUCAAUCAGAUACCGAUUUACUCGGAAUCGACAAAGAAAAAACAUUCACGGCGUCUGCAAUAAUCAAACCAGCUGAAUUAUUAGCAAGAGUUGUAAAUGUUUUAGGGGGUUUUCAACCUCCAGACUCCAGGCAAGGUAUAAAUAUAUUUGAUGAUGAACAUAUUUUAGCAAGUGAAAGUCCUCCCUUCUUUAGCAUUGGUCAUGAUAUUAUUGCACCAAAAAGGACAAGAGCUUUGAGUGUCGCUGUACCAAAUUAUAUGAAAGAACCUGUGCCCGAAUAUGAUCACGAUUAUACUUGGUCUAACGGAGAUACAGCAGAAAAAUAUAGAAAAGAAGCAAAUAUUCGAAGUGGUAAAUUGUCGUUACCCACAAGUAUGCCACAAGCUACUGAAGAUGCGCAACCAAAGAGUCUAUUAGAAAGAUUGUUUAGAAAAAAAAGUUCAAGUGAAAGUCCAACUGAAUAUAUCAAAAGUACAAUGAAAGGUCGCGGAAGUAGUGGUCAAAUACCAACAGAUCAAUCAAAUGAAAAAGUUAGAAGAUCAAGUAUUUUUCCUACUUUUGGUUUUGGAGGUGAGCAGAAAAAAGAGAUUGAUUCUUCUAAAGAACGAACAAGUCAUAGAAGAUUCAGUAUUUUCCCUACAUUUGAUUUUUCGGAAGAUGAAGAUACUGCAACAGUUAAGGAGUAUCAGCAGAGACCAAAGAGACAUAGUAUAUUUCCUACUUUUGAUUUUAGUGCAGACACAAAUGAUGACGUAAAGGCAUAUAGGGAAAGAACAAGACGGGGGCGACACAGCAUCUUUCCUACUUUUGAUUUUAGUGAUCACAAUACAAGUAACGAUGAGGAAACAAUGGAUGAGGAUGAAAUAAGCAGAUAUCAAAAUAGAACACGCCGAGGACGUACAAGUUUAUUCCCAACAUUUGGCAAGUCUAAGAAAAGCGAUGAUGACACACUGCCAGAGAGUUCUGAUGAAUUAGUUAACUAUAAAGAAAAAACAAAGCAUGGCCGGAGUAGUUUAUUACCAACCUUUGGCAAAAGCCGCAAGGUUAGUUCACCUGAAGAGAGUUGUAGUGAUUUAGAACGAAGUAUAAAGCAAUAUCAAAAUCAAACACGGCGUGGACGGAGCAGUUGUUUUGCUGGGGAUGCAACGAGCUUUAGAAAUGAUGAUAGUUCAAUAUCUAAUGACAUAGAAAAUUAUAUAAAUAGAACACACCGUGGGCGUAAAAGUCUUUUUGAUCCUGAUGUCAAUAUCAGUACGCUACCAGAAUCAGAACAAGUAGAAGUUUUGGAGAAUACAAGUGUUGCUGAUUUGUUACGUGCCUUAGCUGUGUUAGAGACGGCUAAUGCUCAGACUAUGGACGACAGCCCCAAUUACGGCGGCACUUCAGUCCGUCGCGGGUCCUUACGACCGGAUCUUCCAACUAUACCGAGUCAUAUGGAUGAUCAAAUGGGACCAAGACGUCGCAGGGUAUCUGCGCGGCUCGCAGCUCCUCAAUUCACCCCCACAUUGGCGACUGUUGUUGCUGGAGCAGAAUUACAAAUCACUGCAGCUUCGCAAAGAGAGAACAGAAUGACCAUGUUAUCUCAGCCACCACCUCCUUACACUGAAUCUGAAGAUUAUAAGCCACGGGUUCGACGUUAUUCACCAGCUCCUAUGCCUGCUUCGAGUGAGGCACGAUCAGCCGCACCCGUCGCCAGACUAUUUUCUAGAAGUCGUAAAGACAGUUCACAAGAAGAUACUUCUAGACGCAGUAGUUUAACAGAUAUUGUAAUAGACAAUAAUAAAGAUAAAACGUAGUGCCUAGAAACUAUUAAAAGUAAUAAGCCGUCCAUUAAAUAUAUAUGCCGGUCAGUGCCAGUAAUUGUAGUAGUGAUGAAGGUUCUUACUAAAUUGUGACAAACUCGCGUAACUAUAAAUAAUUAAAUCGGUGCGCAUAGUGCAUGUAAUAUAAAUUCUUAAAAAAUUGUUUAUAUCUUCACGGUUCCUUAUUUAUUUACUGUGUGUGUAGAUUGGAACAUCUAGUGUAGAUACUGGUAACUUUAAUUAGUUCUUUAAGUAUUGUUGCUGCAUCAACCUGCUGCACUAAAGUUUUGUAAAUUUUUGAAGCUAAAGUUGUGGUAAAUAGUUAUUAUGUUGAACUUUGAUAUUCAAUUCUUAAAUUGUUUUAUCUAAAUAAGCUUAUUAUUCUUUCUGUUAGUCUUCGAUACUAUUCUUCAUUAGAAAAGAAUCGACGUUGGUUAUCGAUUAGUGGCUCACCACACAGGUCCUUCCUUUGCGCAUCGAUGACAAUGUAGUUAUAUUCGAAUAUUUAACAUUGCUUUUUUUUAAUAGUUACUAUUUAUUUGAAAACUGUUAAAUAUUAGGUACUUAUAAACAUUCCACUACUUAUUAGGGAAC